CUUGAAGACAGCUACAACACACGGCGAGCCGGUGGACAAGGACCGGAAGUUCUACCAUCCGGCCUUUAUAAGUAAAAACAUAACGGCAGUGGAGAGGGAGUACGAAAAGUGUUAUGUAUUACUAAUUUUGGAAAGUAUUGCAGCACUAAGCUGUCUUGGAUUAUAAACAACUAUAUUGAAGGUUACAACAUCAAUACAAAACCAGAACUCACUCUCUACAUCAAAUGUUUUUAAGUUAACAUGUUUUAAAUUUGAUCUGCAACUCUUUAAUUUGAAAUUCUUUCUCCGGAAGAGCUAUUGUUGAGCACGCUAGCUAGCUUUACAGUGAGCUAAAAACCAAUCUGAGAGCAGGCAGGGCUUCGUGGAAUGAGAACUGAGGACUGCGAUCCAGCGUUUCCAGUUCGUGGCAGUUUAUUACGGCGGAGAAUAUCCAGAGAAGGAUCACUGGAGCCGAUGAGGACCAGAAGAGAGACGAACCAUCGGGACACCGGAGCGCUAAUGGGAGCGGUGAAGUGAGAAGAGUCGAAGAGCGCGGACUGAGUCAGGAUCAAAAGGCACCAAAAGCAUAAUGGCACUUCUCGUGUGGGCUGGCCUGUCGCUGCUGUUGGCCGUCCGGUCCGGUGCUGUCAGGAACUGCCACCCCAGCUGCCACUGUGAGGUGGAAAGCUUUGGGCUCUUCGACAGCUUCAGCCUGACCAGGGUGGACUGCAGAGGCAUGGGUCCCACCGUCUCCAUGCCCAUUCCCAUCCCUUUGGACACCACCCAUCUGGACCUGUCUUCCAACGAUAUGGGCCUGCUCAGCGAUGCCAUGUUGGCCGGUCCGGGCUACACCACCCUAAUUAGCCUGGACCUCAGCAGCAACAGGAUUACUAAGGUUAGCCCCAGUGCGUUGUCCAAACUGCGGUACCUGGAGAGUUUGGAUCUUAGCGACAACAACCUGGAGAGUCUGCCUCCAAGCUGCUUCUCGGGGCUUCCUCUAGCUGAGGUGGACCUCAGUCACAACAGUUUCAAGGAGUUCGACAUGGGUGUGUUUGCUGCUAAAGUGAAUGGUGAACCUGUCAGUGUGGACCUGUCCGAUAACAAGCUUGUGUCAGUCUCCGCCACCUUGCAUGGAAGAGUUUUAAAUAUUCAGAGUGUCAAUUUGUCAGUAAACCAGCUGGUUAAAGUUCCGAGCAUGGCAGGACUUCUGCUGAGGUACCUAAAUCUGGAUGCUAACCCCAUCACGAAAAUCCAGAGCGGAGCCUUCGCUCAGCUGAAAGAUUUGGUUUAUUUAUCUCUCAGCGGCCUCAGCAAACUACAUGAAAUUGAGCCACAUAGCUUCAACGAUCUCCAGAACCUGCAGGUUCUGGACCUCUCAAAUAACUCAAAACUUAAAAGUCUAAGCCCUGCAGUCUUCUGUGGACUGGACUCUCUGCAGGAGCUCAACUUGUCUGGCUCCGGUGUGACAUCUUUGCCAACUAACAUAUUGAGCCACCUUCCCAGCAUUAAAAGUAUCACUCUUGGACAAAGCAUCCACUGCUGGAGGAUGCAGAAACAGGGACAGUUCCAUCGGCAGAUGGGGCAGGUCCAACAUAACGAGGAGCUACACUGUGACGUAGACGGUAUUAGGUCGUGAGACUGGAGCUAUGGAAAUGAACCACUCCGGUCAGUCGUGACUGUGAUCUGAGACGCUACUGCUUUGAUAUGCAGAAGACUCUGAGUGGCUCUCGUCAGUUAAAUCUGUUCCUAGAUCAUACCGGGGAUCAUUUUAAUAUAGCUUUAUAAAAAAGUCUGGACACUUUAUCAUUCAUUCUGUAUUUUCCUAACAGCACAAACCAACUUCUACUGUGUCUUAAUAUGUUACACUUUUUAAACACAAAGAAAACCCACCAUGACCUGAUUUUAACACGUUGGAUUCUUAUCUUUCACUUUAUUGGAUGUCUUGAGAUCUACUUGAACUUAUUCAUUAUGUGGUAUUUUCUUUAAUAAUGUACAUAUACCAGCCAGACAAACUAGUGUACCUUGUUACAGUUGAACCACUUAGAGCUCAUUGUACUUUGAAUGUCUGGUGAGAUGGAAAAAACACUGAGGUAACAUUUUAAACUUGAUUGGAUAGGUUUUCUUUCAAAAUUGUUUUUCUUUCUUUUUUUUUCUUUGCUGCAUUCGAUUGACCUCAGAUUUCAGCAUUUAAAUCUUUGGGUUAUGUCGCUCCCGUUUCAUCUAGAAACCAAAAACCAGUGGUAUUUGUUGCAGUUGUUGUGAUGACUACUAUAAUCAAUACAACACAUACAUAUUUCUCUCCAUUACAUGGAUUUAAAAGCAAAAGAAACUCACAGACAGAAAUUGUACACUACUAACUGCUAUUGGUAAUGAGAUAUAAAACAUCCAAAGUGCAAUUACAUGAAUUUUCCGACAUCCAAGCACAAAUUGAAUGCACCGUUCAGAGAAGCCAGAGCUUAACUAGCUUAUCUCGGUGUAGCGUAGCAGAAGAGCUAAAGAGAGAACAGUUAUUUUUGUUCUCGUUGUUUAGUUGCUCUGGUUGGUUUAAUCUAUUAUAAGGAAUGUUUGAAAGGUUGUACACUUUUUUUUUUGUUCAUGUAAACAUGUUUUUACUCAUUACUAAUGUCAAUUUCUUUACAAAGUUAGAAAGAAACAGGCUAUGUGCAUCCUCACCUUAUUAGGACCAAUGCGCCGUGUUUGGGGGAAUCAACUGUUUUAAUCUAGAGUAAGCAACAACAUAUCGUGCCACAUUAUCCGUUGUUUGUACUAUGACCCGAGCAAACAAACACUUUUAUUAUUUCACCAUUCACUGUGUUAUUACCUGACUUUUAAGAGGUUUAGUUAGGUUUCUUUCAGCUGACGGAGGUCAAAUGUAUUUUGGAAAACGUUGAAGGUUUGGUUCCCCAGUUUUUCCAGUUUACCUUCUUAGCUGAUUAGAUGCUAAACACCGUAUCGUAAGUUGGAUGUUGGAUAAAAAUAGUUCACUAUAUGAAUGUAAUUUAUUGAAUGUAAUGUAAAAGUUGCUGUCUGCUUUUUCAAGACUUUGACUAAACUCUGCACUAGGCAUCGGCCAUGAGAUUAUCAUACUGAAUAACAGUAUUUAUGUAAACAUUUUAAACAAAAAUGUAAAACAAGAUCUAAUUGCUUUUAUUUUAUAAAAUAAAAUAUUCCUACAUCUGCUAAAAUGUUUUUAUUACAGGUAAUAUAAUGCUAUCUAUAAUGAGUAAACACCCACAAAAUUCACGUGCUGGUAGUGCAGAAUAUUAUCCCUUCUAGUUGCUCCGCUCUUUGUAGAGCAGUUCAGCAACAGAUGGGAGAGGGGCAACACUGCAUCACUCUACAGCCAAGGUAAAUUCUGGUCCCUUUGGCAUUUCUGUUGCAUCUCAAUAAAUGGACUUUAGACAGUUCUUAUGCGGUUUUGAAACCUUAAUAUUAAUAUAAAUGAGAGCGGUAACCGUGCCUACACUGCAUCCUACAUGGAUCUGUUUGCUCUCUAAUCCUCAGCCACCAAAAUCAUCACAGUCGGAUGAUUAAAGCUUUUCACUUUAACCGUUUAACAUGCAAUUAUUUUUCCUAUAACUGACCAGAAUUCAAAUAUCAUUAUUGAACAGGCUAAUGCUCAAAACACAAAGGAGUUUUUGUAAUUUGAGAACUUCAGAACUUUUUCUGCCAUCACAUUAAAAGUACUUUAAGCUCCAGGACACACACCGCACACACUCAUGAUUUUCAAUUUUAGUAAAUUUUUAGCCUAUGCCUGUUCUGCUAAUUUUUUAUUAAUGAUAAGCUUCACUAAUUGCCUGUUAGAUUUUUCUCCAACUGAACAUAAACUCCACGUUUCAGCAACCAAAACUUCGAUUUUUUUUGCUUUCUUUGAAGUCUAUUUUCCCUGACCAUUUCAUCACUUUGAUGGCCUUUGCCACUGUUCUUAUUGAUCUUGCCUUUUUCCCACUUUUAUUACACAGUGGGCUUAAACAAGGUGGGAUCAAGUUGACCGAAAGUUAGUUUUGAUGUACUUUUAUGUUCUGUAGUGACCAAGUCUAGUUUUUCUGGACAAACUAAACCACUAACAGUUUAUCUCAUUUUCUGCACAAACAUUCCCGUUUGAACUGGCACACAUGUGUGAACUUGCUGAGAUAUUCCAAUCCGUAUUUAAAAGACAAUCAGCCUCAAGAAUGCUUGUGGAGACUCAGUUGGCCUUCAAACUGUUCAUUUUGUUAAUGAAAAAUUCAGUUUUUUUUCCGAUAUUUGUAUGAAUGUAACUAUACUGUACUUAAACAUAAAAAUGUAAAUCUUAUGUUUAAUAAAUUGACCCCACUCACACUGUGAA